CGGAGAUCUAGAGCACGAGUACACGAUAUCGACGUAACGGUUUCGUCGCUUGGCUCUUCUUCGCAGAUCCGUAGCUGCAAACCCUUCAGAGUCCACGACAGAGCGGGAAGGAGGGCGUUGAGGCCAGCUUGAUCAACCCCCUAUUCGAUUACCUGACGUUCGAUUGCCGGAGCUUCCCGCAGCUGAUCUCUGCUCGAUUUGAUCCGGAUCUGCCUGGUUCGUUCUAGGGUUUUUUGGUAUUUCUUGGGCUUCUCGACCAGGAAUGGCGCCCCAGCAGUCAUCUCCCGCCGGGGCUCCCCCCUCCGCCCAAGUGGUCGGGAAUGUUUUUGUCCAGCAGUUCUUUCACAUCCUCCAUCGAUCACCAGCGCUCAUUCAUCAGUUUUAUCAGGAUAGUAGCAAACUGGGACGGCCAGGAGCCAACGGAGAGAUGAUCACGGUUUCCUCUUUGCAAGGCAUCGAUGAGAAGAUUCUGUCUAUGAAUUGCAGUGAGUACUUAGCACAGAUCAAGACGGUUGAUGCGCAGGAAUCUCUUGAUGGUGGAGUGAUGGUGCUAGUGACGGGUUGCCUCAUUGGGAAGGAUAAUGCGAAGAGGGACUUCACACAGACGUUCUUUCUUGCCACCCAGGACAAGGGCUACUAUGUUCUAAAUGAUAUUUUUCGAUUUCUGGACGUUGAUGAUCAGCAGGAGGAGCAGGAUUUUACGCAAAAAGCUGCUGGUCAGACCACGGAGCAUGACUCAAUUCCUUCACAGGAAGAAACUGUUCUUCAGCACACUGCAGCAACACCAGAAGAGAAUGUAGUGAAUGAAGAGGAAAGUUAUGUUCUUUUGGAAUCAGGGGAAGGUUCAGCUGCUGAAGAUGAAGAGCCAGUGGAGGAGGUGAUUAAUGAGAGUCCAACUGAUUCACCGGCUGCAGUAACUGCUCCAAGUCUUUCAGAUGGACAAGAGCACAAGAAAUCUUAUGCUUCUAUU